AAAAUGUGUAAAUUCGUUCUUCACAUUUUCGCUUAAAUUGUUUAUUUAUUAUUCAUCAGUUUCGUAAUAUUAAUUAAAUUUUUUCUUCUUAUACCAUUUAAAUCUCUCCACCUGCUAUUCUACUAAAUUUCGUUAUGGAGCAAGAACAUUUGAGUAAAGAUAUAAUUGAAGAAAUCAAGGUUCCUGGUACAUAAUGGCAACUACCGGCGUCACCAAGAACAGUAUUUAUGGAAUAUCUGGCGAAUGGCAUAGAAAUGGAAAGGAAUAUUGUCUUAGUUGUGUCAGUUCAAGCAAUAAAUUCGAGCUCACGAUCGUAGCAUAUGCCCGUCCAUAUUCGUGCCCAAAAAAGAUAAAAUCAGAAGGUCGAAUGAAAAAAUCUAAGUGCAUUUCUUUUUCUCCUGGAAUCUAUGAGCCAAAGGAAGUAUCUAUACAACAUGAUUGGGAGAUAUGGUUAAAAGAAAAAAAAACCAUUCUAGCUUGUCGAGCAAAUCAUGAUACAGGCCUGCAUAUUCAACAGGAUUUUACUUCAACUAUAGCCAAUUUUCGGCAGGGUUUCGGCAGUUUCGGCAAAUGGGGGUUUCGGCAGUUAUUAAGAAGGUUUCGGCAAGCAACCUUAGAGGACAAUGAUGUCGAUAAGGAGCACAAAGCCAUUUAUAUUAGGGCUGUUCAUCUAGCACACAAGAAUGGUGUUAUUAUUGUUAACGUAAAUGGAAGUGCUGUCUAUGAUGAUCUCACCAAACUAUCUGAGGACCUAGAGAAAGUGUUCAAAUGCAUGCAAAUUUCUCUAUUCUAUCAACAACAGCAUCAUCUUCAGCGAGAAGCAUCAGAAAAACAAUUGCAAAUCUUGGAGUCCUACGGAAUUAUUGUUUAUAGUGCCUCUUAUUGA